AUGAAGAAGAGUUUAGCAGGCCAAAUAUCCCAACAGUGCAAUCAAUUGCAGCGGAAAAACAACGGAGCAAUGAUGGCUCUGCAAUGCAGAUUGAUAAUUUUACCGAUAGAGACGAGGCUAAUCAUUUUAGCUAUGAUCUGGUCGAACAAUCAAUUGGGCGCAGCCUAUUACAAUAUUCUCACGUCCGAAUUGUUCGUGAUGGACGAUACUUACGACGACAAUAUUCAUUUUAACAUCACGAAAACACUGUAUAAACAAUGCCAACCGCGUUAUGUCCUUACGAUUUCCGGCACAUCCGAUGAGUUUCUCACGGCAAUCGAGACUUUGGUAACGUCGGAAACAUCGAGCGAAUUGAAUAGAUCAGCGGGAACGAGCAGUGCGGGGCCGACGCAGGCCUCGCUGAGGGUGAUGCGGAAGAGGGAACACGGCUUCGACAGAUGCUAUCACAGAGUUCGAUGUCUCAAGCUCGAGUCGGAACCGGAGAACGCCAACAACGUCGAGAGACUUAUCUUUCUUCAGGGCUUGUUAAAUUUCAAAUCGAUCGUCAUGAUACAUGCGCUGGGUCUGCUCUUGAUCUUCAUAGAUCAGCAUUGGAGCAAUAUUGUGCUGGAUCCUUCCGGCAGACCUAACUUUGUAUCUUUGACUAGCGUAACAUUACGUGACAUUGUCAUGAUAAAUGACGAUACUUACGAGGCGUUAAAUAUCGUGCACGCCAGACAUCAUCCGAGUCUUUUCAAAUGUGGCGAUGCGGCAUCGAAGAAACAAAGUGGUAGCUUAUUCAUCCUUUUGAGUCGUUGUCAAUCGCGGCCUGGGGCGCAAUUUUUGUGGAGAACGUUGCGACAUCCUACAAGGAAUAUCGACAUUCUCAAUGAGAGAUUCGAAGUCAUCGAAUUUUGUCUUAAUCCGGAUAAUCAGAGUAUCGUCGAAAAUUUGACGUCAUGUUUGAAACACGUUUAUCGUUUGACUAAUGUUAUUUUGGAUCGCUAUUUAGCACAGCAGGCUAAAAUUUCUGAUUGGCGACGAUUGCAUAAGACGAUAUCUUCCAUAAUCUACAUCGCCGACAUAUGCGAAAAACAUCGUGAAAAAGUGAAGCUCUUUCGUAAAAUCGUUGAUAGUAUCACGAACGAAGUACGUUACGUCAAAUAUUUCAUCGAAUACAUAGUGGACUUUAGCUCGAAGAGAUCCGAAAACGAUUUCAUCGUCCGAGCAAACGUGGAUUCACACUUGGAUAAAUUGCAUCACUUAAGAAGCACUUUACCCGAGACUCUGACACGAAUGGGAGAAAAAGAUAUGAAAGACCAUCUUCCACCUUCGGUGACAACCUGCAAAAUGGUAUACAUACCGAAUAUCGGAUACCUCUUAGCAAUAACUGGAUGGAAUCCGUCGCCAGCCGACAAUGUGGAUUUGCAGAAUUUAGAGUUUAAAUUUAUUAGCAACAAUAUACGUUAUUAUAAAAGUCCCAGUGCUAAAGAGUUAGAUAAUACUAUAGGAGAUAUAUUAUUAAGGAUCAACAAGCGAGAGAGUUACAUUAUAUUAAAGCUUGUGAAAUAUAUAAAUAAACAUGCUGCAUCAAUCUUUAACGCAAUUCAAUUGUGCGCUGAAUUAGAUACGUUGCUGGCGUUUUAUGUAGUCGCGCGAGAAUACAAUUAUGUAAAGCCGAAUGUCGUGGAGCGUCAGAUUAUAGCAGUGGAACAAGGUCGACACCCGUUGCAAGAAUUUCUAACAACCUUCGUUCCGAAUGACACUUAUUCCGGGGACGGAAAGAGCCUCGUCAAAAUUUUAACCGGUCCGAAUGCUUCUGGCAAGAGCACUUAUCUCAAACAAAUUGCACUUAUUGUGUUUAUGGCUCACAUCGGCUGCUACGUACCGGCCAAAUCGGCCACCAUAGGAACAGUGACUCAUAUUCUGACACAGAUUACGUCCAUGGACAGCAUUGCUUUAAAUACGAGCAUGUUCUUGCAAGAUAUGCGACAGAUAAACUCUGCUCUUUACACGUCCACGUCAAAUUCUAUCGUCAUUUUAGACGAAUUCGGAAACGGAACGUCCGAAGUGAGUGGCUUGUCAUUGCUCGCAGCUGUAUUGAAUAAUUUCGUCGAGCGAGAUAUUAAUUGCCCACACGUUUUUGUGGCCACGCAUAUGCAUCGAAUAAUGAGCAUGUUGCCGCAAAGUCCGAUAAUCGAGGAACAGACUUUUGAAUUUAUCACAAACAACGAUGGCUCCGUAGCGUAUCUUUAUCGUAUAACUACUGGACACGCGACACGUAGUUUUGCACAUGCAGCUGCGCGAAAUGCUGGUUUGGACGAACAGAUUCUUAAACGAGCAUUAGAAGUUUACGAAAAAUUUCAAGCUGGUGAAUUACCUCCGCGACUACCAGAAGCUGCAGGACAAGAUAUGGCGGCGCGCAUCAUUGAUCAAUUAUUAGAAUCAGAGAAUUUUGAUCUGGAAGAGUUAAAAUUAUUGAUUCGCCAAGCCGCCGAACAAGCUACGAAAAAAUAA